ACGGAGGCGAUGGGUGAGCGAGGCGCGCGGCGCGGCGCCGGCGGCGCUCCGUUCUACGCGCCGCCGCGGCGGAAGACUUCUGCCGAGAUCAUCAGCGAGGCGCGGGCGGCGCUUUAUGGAGACAUGAGCGGAGCGUCGAGCAGCGCGGGCAGCGGCGGAGAGCUCCGCCCGCUGCGUACUCGCCGCCCGUUCACACCGAGAGAACCACAGCGCGUAUUGUUUGGAGAACGAGCUAGGAGGGAUCCUCGCCCGCCUAGUGCGUUUGACCUCAAACACCUGAGCCUGAGUGAGAGCAGCGAGGAUGCUCGCGUCGCCGGGCUCGAAGAGGAAAUCAACCACGCUCUACAGCCCGAAAUUCACAACAUCAGGAAGAAGACUACUCGGCAGCCGGCUCAUCCGACUGCAGAAAGAGCUGGCGAGGGUUGGGGCGCGUUCCCGAAACUUCCGCACCUCAGCGGGAAGAGCAAGCCUCUGCAUCGCAGGAACACCACGGGACAGGCCACGCCUGAUGGAUCGAAGAACGAUGUAGACUUGACUAAUAUGAUAUCGAUAACGCGCCCUCUGGGAAGUGAAAGUGGCGAUGGCGACGACUUUAGUAUGGAACUCAACAGUAAAUCUUUGAGCCCAGACCCCGGGAUACGACGCAAGCAGUUUGCGACGACAAAAUCACAGUCAUACGACGUUGGAGGUGGAUAUCCGCUGGGGAGCAUACCCGUGAAACAACUCUCGGUUCAACUCCCGAAUACUUCAACAUCUGAAGACCCUGAGAAUAUGACAGUGCUAGAGCUUGCGGAGGCUCUCUCCCAGCGCAGCCGAGACGUCGAACGAACAGUCCAGCUAAUGGAGGCGCUUCAGAACUGCCUCGAGAAGUCCAUGCCAGCUACCAGUCUCAGAGAUAUGGUGUUACGUUCCUUCUACACUCACAUAGAUAGUGACGAUGAGAGGGUGCUGGUCGCUAUAGCGAGAGCCAUGCUUACGAUGAGAGUCACGGGCGCCCAUUUAGCGGCCGCUUGCAAACUGGUAUUUAAGAUUGCAAGAAAUGACAAGAAUGAUCACUUCUUCAGAAAUACUAAUUUGUUAGAGCUGCUGGUGGAAGGCUGCGGGCGCGCUGACCCGCUAUCCGAAGGCGAAUGUUGCGUCUACGGAGCGGGGGCGUUGCGUUUCCUCGCGCUGGAGCCGCGACUGUGCGUCCUCGCUCACCGCGCAGGCGCGCUACAUCUGGCCGCGUUGCAUUUGAAAAUAUUGAACAAUGCAAAAGGCGAGAACCCGCGAGGCGUGUCAGAGCAGUCCACACACGCGCUCUACCAACUGACGGGCGCGCUACGAAACCUGGCGAGCGGCGAGCGAGCGGCGCGAGCGUUCGUGUCGAGCGGCGCGCUCGGCGAGCUGCUCGCCGCGCUUGCGCACCAUACCGACCGCGCUGUGCUCACUAACGUUGCGCGGUGUCUUAGUGUUCUUUCAGCGAACGAGUCGUGUUGCCUCUGGCUAUGCGGGGCUCCAUCGAGCGCGGGCGCCCUGCUCCGCGCGCUGGCGGCGUGCGCGGCGCGAGCGCCGCUCGCGGUGCGCCUGGCGUACGUGCUCGGCAAUAUGGCCGCCGCUACUGACCAGGCCAGGCUGAAUAUUUAUAACGAAGAGGGUGGAGUGGACGUAUUACUGACAAUCUUGGAGUCGUACACGAAAAGGAACAACGACCACGAUGUUAGGGACUCGGAUAGCGAUCCCGACAUGCAUUUAGUAGGCACAGACAUGGGUGGUUCUGAUGGCUCCAACGAAGACGUGCUAAUCAAGACAGUCCGAGUGGUAGCCAACCUGUGCCUUACUGAGCGCGCGGGGCGUGGAUUGUGCGCCGCGCAUGCAGAGCGGACCGUGCGUGCGCUGCUUGGCUGCCUCGAACUUGCCGAGAAACCCCAUGAACCUAUGGAGAAUCAAUCAGAGGAAGGUACGAUGGACCGCCGAGAGGAAUUAGCCACGGCAGCGCUGGCGACGCUCAAUAACGUCACGUUCUACCGCGAGCCGCCCGCGCCUCCCGAUCCUCUGGCCGAACCUCUGGACGACAUCUGCAAAGCAACGUGUCGAUGGUUGGGCGGCGGCGGCGGCGCGAACGCGGCGUGCGAGGCGGUGCGCGCGCUCGGCAACCUGUCGCGCUCGCAGCGCGCGGCGCAGCUCAUCGUGCUCGAGGGCGUGCUGGACGCGCUGCCCGCCUUCCUGCAUCACGAGGAAGCCAGCGUCCGCUGCGCCGCCGCCGGCGUCCUGGUGAACGUGUGCGGCGCGGGCUGCGAGGCGCGCGCGGCGGGGCAGGCGGCGGCGCGCGCGCUGCACGCGGCGGCGGCGGCGCGCGACGCGCCCGCGGCGGCGCUGCUGGCGCGCGCGCUGUGGAACGCGCACGCUCACUGCCCGCUCGCGCCCGCUAGCACCAAGCAAGCUGCGGCCGCUCUUGCCGCGUUUAUUGACGACGAAUCCGUGUUCGCCGCAUGUGAGGCGCCCGCGGCGGGAGAGCGGCGCGCCAGCGAUCCGCAAAUAAAACAUCACGUGAAAUUCGACCUCGACAACAACAACUAUUCGAACAAAGAGUUUCAGCGGCCGAUGUUCGUCAAAGCACACAGCGUCGAACACGAGUUGCAUCUCGAGGGCUGCUUGGAGGAGGAUAGCGACCAUGCGUUGUCGGGGGAAGAUCUCGGGUUCGAGGAAGGAGACAUGCUGGUAGAAGACGGGUGCGAGUGCGGGCCGUGCCGCAGACUGGCGGCCUGGGAAGAGCUCGUGGGCGUCGCCAUCCCACUGCUGGAGAAACUCAAACCGCCGCGGUCUGACGCAUCUGUUGGCACCGAUUAGUAAAGUCCGACAUGCAGAUGACAUUUUUUAUGAUAUAGGUAUAGGCAAAGGAACAGACGGAUAGCCUGAUGGUUAGUAAUUACCGUCGCUCAUGGAUACUCGCAACACCAGAGGGAUAGUGCGUUGCCUUUAAGAUGAUAGUACUUUCUUUUCUUGGAGGUCGUAACGGUCCGGAAAUUCGCAGGCGACAUCGACAGCGCAGAAUAAAUAAUAGUACUAGGUACAGAAGACUCACUCUAUAACAAAACGCGUCUAUUACGAUCAGGACAGAUAUGGCCGCUAGGUGGCGACAGCGCCACGCGCGGCUUAUGGCUAGCCACCAAAAUUGUUGCAAAGCGACGAAAUCGCGGAGUGAGCCACGCCUGGCGACAGUUCAUUCCACACUCCACAGUUUAGAUGUGCGAGGCAGGAAGUUUCUUGAGAAACGUACAGUUGAGGACUGCCAGAUCAUUGUUUAGCACGAAGACAGGUCACAAUAAUCAAGCCGUGUCUAUUAGCGGGAUUCUAAAGAUCUAAAUACUGUAAUUGUUUAGCACUUUUGCAGGUUGAUUCUCGUAUAAAUAAUCUUUGUUUAUGUAUACGAAUACCUAUCUAGGAAUUCUAGAAAGCGGCUAGGUGGACAGCUUUACUAGUUUAAAAUGCAAUUUACAUCGAAAUUGCAAGACUUGUAUACUAUUAGUUAGAGAAUUAGAUGAGAGAAAAUUAGUAAAACAAGUUGUAGUGGUCUGAGAAUAUCCUUAUAGUUAGAUACCUAUUUGCGAUAUGUGACGUUUUCAACCAAAACGUACCACAAUGUCGGUUGUCGAUAAGGUUGAUUUCAUAUUGAAGCUAUAUAGAAAUAGCGCCUAAUUGACAAAUUAAGUACCUACCCCUUUGGUUGAAAAUGGCACAUAUUUUCCUUAUAUCUAAUUCGUGUAAAAUAUUAUUUUUAUAUUUUAUCAAUCACGGUCCGUAAUACGGUCAUAUCCGUAAUUUUUCAUCAUCAUUGGCCUUUACGUCUAUUGCUGACGAUUUAUGGUGUAACAUACAUUACUUACACCGCCUGGGACGCAAUUAAGGAAACGCAGGGAUGCCCAGCACCUGCAUUACACUCUCGGCUUCACUGUCUUAUGCCACAGGAAAGGCGAGCCAAUACGUGUGGAGACAGGUCAGCUGCAGGAAUCUGCCGCAUAUUUUAGGUUGGACCCUACUCGCGCCUUACAUUGCAUUACAUUGCAUUGCUCUUGGCAUUGGUUUGCAAUCCAUCUAGGAGAAGGAUACUCCAAAAUAAAACCCGGACUGGAGUUUCCGUAAUUUUUAAUCACUAAAGUACUCACUGUAAUUAUUUCCUCGUAAUCUUAAUUAAUUGUUCAUAUCGUAAAAUUUCCGCAUACUAGAACUGUCUAAUAGUGUCAGUAGUCAGUACAAAACUAGUUACCUAUGCUAUUUUAAAUACCUACUUGUACCUUAGAGAAUAUAACCAAACGGAGUGGUCAUUAACAGGCGUUCCCCUCUGUCGAAAAUAGGCGGCCAAUGGUCAACCAUAUGUCAACCACAUGUAUGGACUGACGUUGAUCUGACAUGACGUACCUAUACAUUUGAUGUGCCCCUCCCGCGCAAAAAAACAGCAGACUGUACUGUACUGUACCGAAAAUUAUAGACAUGGCGUCUCCGUUGGUUAUAUCCUCUAAGACUUGUACAGUCACCCUGAAUUGUAGCUGUAACAAUUAAACGAAUAAGUAGCUCAUUGACUGUGAUUCAGUUCUGUCGUAGUAUAUAAUUUUACGUGAUGCAUAGGGGAGUCAUACCUAAUUCCUGAUUGCAAGGAGUCGCUUUCGAAAAUAAUAGUGACUGCGCCAAGUUCGCCAAUUCUUGGGAUUAAGUUGCCGAGCGAACCCCAGUAGAGAACAGGGGCAAAGAUCUGGGAGAAUGCAAAGAAGACGAUGUGUACAUAUUUGGGCUUAGAGGAUAUAACCAAUGGAGACGCCAUGUCUAAAAUUUUCGGUACAAAAUAGUAUGUCGUUUUUUGCGGGGGAGGGGCACAUCAAACGUCAGCCCAUACAUAUGGUUGACAUGUGGUUGACCAUUGGCCGCCUAUUUCCGACAGAGGGGAACGUCUGUUAAUGGCGGCUCCAUUGUUAAUUACUCCGAGUAUUUGGGUAUCAUACAGAGCUUUAUUUACGUUCACAUCUUUCCGCGCGUUCGCAGUCGCUUUUUGGUGAAGGAAAACAUCGUGACGAAACCGAACUUACCCCAAUAAUGCCUAGUUUCCCCUCAUAGUUUAUAAUUUUACGUGAUAUCAGAUCAGGGUCAGAUGGCAGUCGCUUUCGUAAAAACUAGUAAACAAUUCUUGGGAUUAGUUGUCAAGCGGACCCCAGGCUCCCGUGAGCCGUGGCAAAAAUGCCGGGAUAACGCGAGGAAGAAGAGUCUUUACGCGCGUUCGCGUUUUUACAAUAAGGGGUGAAGGGAUGGGGUCGAGAAAAUGUGACAUGUUGGGAUAAGGGGUAGGGGGGUAACCGAUUAUUUUUAGGGUUCCGUACCCAAAAGGUAAAACGGGACCCUAUUACUAAGACUUCGCUGUCCGUCCGUCUGUCCGUCUGUCUGUCACCAGGCUGUAUCUCACGAACCGUGAUAAUUGAAAUUUUCACAGAUGAUGUAUUUCUGUUGCCGCUAUAACAACAAAUACUAAAAACAGAAUAAAAUAAAGAUUUAAGUGGGGCUCCCAUACAGCAAACGUGAUUUUUGACCAAAGUUAAGCAACGUCGGCCGUGGUCAGUACUUGGAUGGGUGACCGUUUUCUUUUUGAAUUUUUUUCCGUUUUUUUUUGUUUUAUGGUACGGAACUCUUCGUGCGCGAGUCCGACUCGCACUUGCCCGGUUUUUUUAAUUUGCUGUCCAGUUAAAUAUCCACUUUUUGUAAUGAUUAAUUAAGUAAGUACUGAUCGUUAUUAUUCAUAUAAUUUUUAUUACUCGUUCGUUCGUUGGUUUCGUGUUAUAAAAAUGUUAAAAAUUCAAUACCUUUUUUAAAAAUUUUCUAUUGUAAUAUACUUACUUGUAAAAAAUCUCUGUAAAUAGAAACCAUAGAUUCGUAGUUAUUUACAUGUAUCAAAGGGAAAUCCGUCCAAUUAUGUUUUAUUACCUACAUAUAUAUAAUUAUGAAAUAGAUACUGAAUUAGUAAAUAAAGUUAUUGUAA